UAAUACUUUUGAAAGGUGUUUUAUUUGCUCGGAGUUCCCGUUUGAUACCCGAUAAAGCAAAUCUAGGUUUUCGCUUUCCUUGCGAUGGGCCUGGCCGAGGGGGAACAUGUCAAGUAUCUGCCUGGGAUCAUGUUUUCUUAGGUUUAUUCUGGAUGUACAAUGCAAUUUCGGUAGUCAUUUUCCAUUUCAGUUGGAAAAUGCAGUCGGAUGUUUGGGGUACUAUAAGUGAUCAAGGGGUGGUAACUCAUAUUACAGGGGGAAACUUUGCACAGAGUUCCAUUACGAUUAAUGGGUGGCUUCGAGAUUUCUUGUGGGCACAGGCAUCGCAAGUCAUUCAAUCUUAUGGUUCUUCAUUAUCUGCAUAUGGUCUUUUUUUCUUAGGUGCUCAUUUUGUCUGGGCCUUCAGUUUAAUGUUUUUAUUCAGCGGCCGUGGUUAUUGGCAAGAACUCAUUGAAUCUAUCGUUUGGGCUCAUAACAAAUUAAAAGUUGCUCCUGCUACUCAGCCUAGAGCCUUGAGCAUUAUACAAGGACGCGCUGUAGGAGUAACCCAUUACCUUCUGGGUGGAAUUGCCACGACAUGGGCAUUCUUCUUAGCGAGAAUUAUUGCAGUAGGAUAGUGGCUAGGAGGAUUUGAAAGGCAUUAUGGAAUUAAGAUUUCCCAGGUUUAGCCAAGGCUUAGCUCAGGACCCCACUACUCAUCGUAUUUGGUUUGGUAUUGCUACCGCACAUGAUUUCGAAAGUCAUGAUGAUAUUACUGAAGAACGUCUUUAUCAGAACAUUUUUGCUUCUCACUUUGGGCAAUUAGCAAUAAUCUUUCUAUGGACGUCCGGAAAUCUGUUUCAUGUAGCUUGGCAAGGAAAUUUUGAAUCAUGGAUACAGGAUCCUUUACACGUAAGACCUAUUGCUCAUGCGAUUUGGGAUCCUCAUUUUGGUCAACCCGCUGUGGAAGCCUUUACUCGAGGAGGUGCUGCUGGUCCAGUGAAUAUUGCUUAUUCUGGAGUUUAUCAGUGGUGGUAUACAAUAGGAUUACGCACCAAUGAGGAUCUUUAUACUGGAGCUCUUUUUCUAUUAUUUCUUUCUACGCUGUCCUUAAUAGCGGGUUGGUUACAUCUACAACCCAAAUGGAAACCAAGCCUUUCGUGGUUCAAAAACGCGGAAUUUCGUCUCAAUCAUCAUUUGUCAGGACUUUUCGGGGUAAGUUCUUUGGCUUGGACAGGACAUUUAGUUCAUGUUGCUAUUCCCGCAUCCAGGGGGGAGUACGUUCGAUGGAAUAAUUUCUUAGAUGUAUUACCCUAUCCCCAGGGGUUGGGACCCCUUUUGACGGGUCAAUGGAAUCUUUAUGCCCAAAACCCUGAUUCGAGUAAUCAUUUAUUUGGUACCGCUCAAGGAGCCGGAACUGCCAUUCUAACUCUUCUUGGGGGAUUCCAUCCACAAACACAAAGUUUGUGGCUGACCGAUAUGGCUAACCAUCAUUUAGCUAUUGCAUUUAUUUUUCUCAUUGCCGGUCACAUGUAUCGAACUAACUUCGGAAUUGGGCACAGUAUUAAAGAUCUUUUAGAAGCGCAUACUCCUCCGGGGGGUCGAUUAGGGCGUGGGCAUAAGGGCCUUUAUGACACAAUCAACAAUUCGAUUCAUUUUCAGUUAGGUCUUGCUCUAGCUUCUUUAGGGGUUAUUACUUCCUUAGUAGCUCAACAUAUGUACUCUUUACCUCCUUAUGCAUUCAUAGCACAAGACUUUACUACUCAAGCUGCUUUAUAUACUCAUCACCAAUAUAUUGCAGGGUUCAUCAUGACAGGGGCUUUUGCUCAUGGAGCUAUUUUUUUCAUUAGGGAUUACAAUCCGGAACAGAAUGAGGAUAAUGCAUUGGCAAGAAUGUUAGACCAUAAAGAAGCUAUCAUAUCUCAUUUAAGUUGGGCUAGCCUCUUUCUAGGAUUCCAUACCUUGGGCCUUUAUGUUCAUAACGACGUCAUGCUUGCUUUUGGUACUCCAGAAAAACAAAUCUUGAUCGAACCUAUAUUUGCCCAAUGGAUACAACCUGCUCAUGGCCAGACGACAUAUGGGUUCGAUAUACUCUUAUCUUCAACGAAUGGCCCCGCUUUCAAUGCGGGUCGAAGCCUAUGGUUGCCCGGAUGGUUGAAUGCUGUUAAUGAGAAUAGUAAUUCGCUUUUCUUAACAAUAGGACCUGGGGAUUUCUUGGUUCAUCAUGCUAUUGCUCUAGGUUUGCAUACAACUACAUUGAUUUUAGUAAAGGGCGCUUUAGAUGCACGCGGUUCCAAAUUAAUGCCGGAUAAAAAGGAUUUUGGAUAUAGUUUUCCUUGUGACGGCCCAGGGCGCGGCGGUACUUGUGAUAUUUCUGCUUGGGACGCAUUUUAUUUGGUAGUUUUCGGGAUGUUAAAUACCAUUGGGUGGGUUACUUUUUAUUGGCAUUGGAAACAUAUCACAUUAUGGCAGGGCAACGUUUCACAAUUUAAUGAAUCCUCCACUUAUUUGAUGGGAUGGUUAAGAGAUUACCUAUGGUUAAACUCUUCACAACUUAUCAAUGGAUAUAAUCCUUUUGGGAUGAAUAGUUUAUCGGUAUGGGCGUGGAUGUUCUUAUUUGGACAUCUUGUUUGGGCUACUGGAUUUAUGUUCUUAAUUUCCUGGCGGGGGUAUUGGCAGGAAUUAAUUGAGACUUUAGCAUGGGCUCAUGAACGCACACCUUUAGCUAAUUUAAUUCGCUGGAGAGAUAAGCCCGUGGCUCUUUCCAUUGUGCAAGCAAGAUUGGUUGGAUUAGCUCACUUUUCCGUGGGUUAUAUAUUCACUUAUGCAGCUUUCUUGAUUGCCUCAACAUCAGGCAAGUUUGGUUAAUUUAGUUUGUUUUUUUGUACUGUAUCAGCACCUAGUUCAUUACUCUUGAUAGAGAGGGAGGAUCUGCCUUUUUAGAUUUCUUUUUCUAUUUAUUUUUCCAUCUAGGAUUAGAACCGUAUACUUGGUAAUAAUAGCAACGACACAUUAUGGCAAAAAAAAGUUUGAUUCAGAGGGAGAAGAAGCGGCAGAAAUUAGAACAGAAAUAUCAUUUGAUUCGCCAAUCUUUAAAAAAAAGAUAAGAAGCAAAGUUUCUCCCUUGAGUUUGAGUGAAAAAACUAAAAUGCGAGAAAAAUUGCAAUCCCUACCGCGUAAUAGUGCACCUACACGCCUUCAUCGACGUUGUUUUUUGACCGGAAGACCUAGAGCUAACUAUCUACAUUUUGGGCUAUCCGGACACGUACUUCGAGAAAUGGUUUAUGAAUGUUUGUUACCGGGUGCAACAAGAUCCAGUUGGUAAGGAUAAAAUACCCUUUCGUAUUUGUAUGGAUUUCUGGAAUUGAUAAUCA